AGUUCAGCCCUUGACUCGCAUCCAAUGCGCCUUUUACGCACUGGAUAUUUGACUGCGUACAGUGUCACACACGUCAGAAAGCCGCAUUCAACUACGGUAUAUAGGAAGAGGCCGGUUGACAGCACCACUUUGUUUCAAGCCGGCGACGAACUCCAAUGACCACCGCGUUGAAGAUGACUUUUUAAUUCGCAAGGACGUCGACUUGUCAUUUGCCGUUCACAUCAGGGAUUCACUUUGAAAAAAACGAACCGACAUGGCUUUGGUGCUUUUGUUGACGCUUUGCUCAUGUACGUGUUUAUUUGGGGCAUCCCUGGGAACAGGUUUUGUUUAUCGGCUCCCAGGCAUCACCGUGCAGCGGCAGCGCGUCGUACCGGGGCUGAGUGGCUCCAUUGGGCCGCCCAGUACCGGCUCCCAACUCAGGAACUGGUGUCAGUACACUGUGUCCAAGACUGUGUCCUGUCAGGUGCAGAAUGGGAGCCAAGCCACCGUACAGAGGGUGCUUCAAAUCUGCCGCUGGCCUGCAACUUGCUCCAAAGUCCUCAGCUACAGGACCGUUCUCAGACCAUCUUUCAUGGUUUCCUACAAGCAGGUGACUGCUUUGGAGUGGAGGUGCUGUCCCGGGUUUUUUGGCAAGGAGUGUCGUGAAGAGUGCAUGAACUGCACCACAUUCAUGGACAUGAGCGUCAGAAUCAACAGCAUCGAGUCACAGAUAAAGCUGCUAGAAGACAUGGGUUUGCCAUCACCAACUGUCAGCAGGCCAACACAGGGACCAGCUGACAACGAGGUGGGUGUACCGCUGCCAACUCCACCAGAUAAAUGUGGUUGUGGGGUAGUACAAGGGCCCAUCGGACCACCAGGCACAACCGGACUUCGAGGUCCACCAGGGAGAACAGGCCUUCCCGGAGUCAUUGGCGCAAAAGGGGACAGAGGUCUACCUGGUGAAGGAGGUCAACCCGGACCGCCCGGUCCACCUGGUCCUCCAGCUUCUCCUUCCAGGGCCUCGGUCAUACAUGUGAGGGGGGAUGUGUUUCAAGUGGAUGAUCAAGAGGAGGAGUACAUCCGUCUAAUUGGCCCCCCCGGUCCACCCGGCCCACCUGGCUCUCAAGGUCCUUUGGGACCGAGGGGCCCCACCGGUAUCCCAGGCAUACCAGGACAGGAUGGCCAGGGCGGCGACCCGGGCCAUCCUGGGAAUAAUGGACCGAGAGGUGAUCCAGGGGAAAGGGGGCUUCCAGGUGAAAGAGGCGAGGAGGGCCUACCUGGACGACCGGGGCCCAAAGGAGAGCCAGGGGAAAGCUUCAAUGAUCCGGACGCGAUGCCACAACUCAGGGAGGCUUUGAAGAUUCUGGCCGAGAGGGUCCUGAUCCUGGAGCACAUGAUCGGCAUUCACGAAAUCCCAGAGGGAUCCGGUUAUGAUGUCAUUAUGGACCCCCUGUCCAUGACAAAAACCAAACGCCUCCAACCCGCUCCGAAAACCACACUGCCGGGGAUUCAACAACCAUCUCCUGUUUAAGGCAAUUGCAGUGUAUGUUUUCAGCUGGAUGUUUCCUUUUUUUUUUUUUUUUUUUUAUUCUCCCACUUUUAUUGCCUUUUUAUCACCGUAAGCAUCUGAGUGAGCUAGAUAUGAUACGUCUUAGUUCCUUUUUGGCACGGCUGCAACAGGAGUUCAGUCUACAUAAGUGUAGUAGCGGCGCUUCCAUGGUGUCUGACAGUGAAAUAUAAGCCCAUAAAGUAUAAGGGUCUUGGCUUCUUUCGUUCCACUGAUAAAAGACGGCCUAGUAAACACAUCAGUUUAGCUGGUUCGCACUGGCAAAGCUCCCCAGGCUGCGAUAGGAGAGUUUCCUGAGAGCUGGAGCCCAAAAAUGUACUGUUUAGUGUCGAACACUCACUCGCAACAUCCUCGCCAUUUAUCCUGUGUCUGCCUGUCAAACAUAUUUUUAGUCUCCUCAAGGCCUCGUUAAAGCCGAGGGAAGACGUGACAGGGUGCCAGCAGCGUCUGCUUGAAAUGAUAGUUUCCUUUUUUAGAGAGCACAUCUGGAGAGCCCACAUCUGGAAAGUACAUUUUUUCCCCCCACUUUUCCUCUCUCACA